AUUCACUUCAGCUCAUUGUCUCACUGAGGGUGGAAGUUCUUGUUGACGAUGAAGGUUUUUCUGUGUUUUGUGGCACUUUUUGCCUUCACAGCGGCAAAUAGUCAAUUUGCUGAAGAAUUGAGAAAUUUCCAUCGAGAUUUCACUGACUUCCACUACGAUGUCAACUAUUUCUUGCGCAUCGAACGUUUGAAUACGUCCGAAGAAAUUGCUGACUUCAAUCGUAUCUCUCUGGACAGAACCUGGGAUGCUGUUGUAGAAAUCAAGGAUUUUGCACAAAGCGCCCGAGAUGCCAUCAAUCAACGUGCAACAGAAAUUGGAAAUCAAAAUCCCUGCCUGAUUGCUCUCUAUGAGCGCCUUGAGGAAGAGGAAGAUCAAGCAGCCUAUCGUAUAAAUCGCUGUGCUACCCUAGCCGAAAGUGACUACAACGUGGGCUUGGACACAGGAUACUUUGGAACACUCAAUUAUGUCCAAAGAAUGGCAAGUUUCACCCUCCUACAAACCCUCUACACAGUCGGAUCAUACAAUCCUGUCGUAUGGGAAGAUCAAAUUCGCUAUGAAUUGGCCAUCACGUGGGAACAUCGUGAAGAUAUUCGCAUGGCAGAUUCUCUCGAUCACUAUCUCAAUGAAGUGCGCACUGGGAUGAACAUUGCCAACAUCAACUUCCACAACUGCAUCCAAACAGCCUCAGCUGUCUUUGGUGCUGAUGCCGACAGAAUAAGCAAUGAUGCUCAACAAUGCUAAUUUUAUGGCAUUUCUUUGGAAUAUUGCUUAAAAUUGUCAAUAAAAGGGAAAUCUAGAGAAACA